AUGUACAAAGUCGGGUUGGUUCAAACCCCGUACAGUGAAUAUCGGAGGACCCGAUCAUGUAAUCCGGGUUCUUACUGCACUCCCCAAGUGAAGCCCAUUUCCCGCAGUUCUCAUUUCCCAACAAUCUUGUCAAAGGAGUCAACGUGUAUCCACUUUGUAGCUGACCACUUUUCGCCCUCGUCCACUGGGCAUCCCGCGUGGAGGCUCCCAGGGUCUGGGACAGCGCUCGGGAGAAGACUGAAAAACAGAAGUGCGUCCCCUUUGCGUGGCUUCACUUUUGUUUUUGCCCACCUGAAGGACCUUGUCGUCCACACUCAGAUAAAUCUAUAUCUGUCGAGACAGACCUACGUCGAGGAGACUCCUGCAUGUAUGAUUUUGUACAAAGAGAACAUUGGCAAGCCAUGGUGGGAUUUUGCAGCACUGACUGGCAUAUUAUACUCUAAACGCAAAACUAAUAAACCAUGGGAGUUUGAUGAUAAUGAGGAAGUGAAGAAAGUGGAGGCAUGA